AUGCCGCAUGUGCCAUGGCUGGCUUGGGGGUUUGCUGUGCGUGCCCCUCCGUGCAUGCCCAACGGCAGGAGGUAUGCAGAAAGGGAGGCGUGUGGUGAUGCGCUCGCGCGCAUGGGCGCUCUUGCUCAGAUCGCACAUGCAGCUUCACUCACAAGAAUUGCGCGGUCACUGCAGCCCUACUCCACCCUCCGCCAGAUCUACUGCCACCCUCAAGUACCCUACCGUUUCCGCUGUCUGGCCCGGGUCAUCUACGCGUCUCACCUACACCCCCGCCAUUUCACCGCCUUCCUGCCUCCCAGGCCCCGCCCUGCUUCCUCUGCUGCUCCCUCUGCCCCCCCUGCACCUCCCUUGGGGUCUCUCCCCUUCACGAAUGGGCGAACAAGGGCUGAUGAGAGGGAUGUGGGUGCAGUUCACGGUCGCAUGGACGGCAGUGGCUGGGGCAAUGGUGGUGAUGGUAGAGAGGGGGCGAAUGUGCAGGUGGGUGGAGAGACGGUAGGGGUGAAGCGGAAGAGGCAAGGGCGGAAAAGCAGAGGAGAUGUGGACAGCUGCAGAGGAAAAGGGUCGAGUGCGGGGCAGGAAGGAGGUGUAACGCAGGAGGCAGGAGGCGAUGGGGCGGUAGCACGAGGGGGGGAGAGGCGGUGGGCAGCAGGGCUGGUGCUGGUGUUAGAGGACUGCACUGGCCGCCUGCUCGUCCGCCUUGCUGCCCACCAUGCUGAGAAAGGGACAGGGGAGGUGUGGGAAGGGGAGGUGUGGGAAGGGGAGGUGUGGGAAGGGGAGGUGUGGGAAGGGGAGGUGUGGGAAGGGGAGGUGUGGGAAGGGGAGGUGUGGGAAGGGGAUGGGGGGAGGCAGAGGGAGGCGAGCAGGGAGGAAACAGCAACGCCUGCAGCAUCACGUGGACGGCACAGAGAGCAGCAGAGGUAG